AUGCACCGUCUUGAUCUCGGUGAUGUUUGGAAGAACAAAGCCCGAUCCCUGCAGUUACAGCUCAGGGACCGCUUCAGAGUCGCCGUCGACCGACAUUGGCGCCGCCGCCAUCACCAUACGGUCUUCCUUCACGCCGACGGUUAUUUCUCCUCCACUAUUCAGCGUUGGCUUAACCGAUUUCGCGAUUUUCGUAGAGAUGCCUUGCCUUCUUCCACCUCUUUCUAUCGUAAACGAGUGAGUAGGGAUUUUAGUUCCGAAGAAGAUUCAAUCAUUCUUCGUAUGAUGCAAGCUGUUGCUGUUCCGAUUCUUGGAAAUGUUUGUCACGUUUUUAUGAACGGAUUAAACCGUGUUCAGGUGUAUGGAUUGGAAAAACUAUAUUCUGCAUUGAUGGAAAGACCUAAAGGAAAGCCUCUUCUUACGGUCAGCAACCACGUCGCUUCCAUGGAUGAUCCACUUGUUAUUGCUUCACUACUUCCUCCACAAGUUCUUUUGGAUGCCAGAAACCUCAGAUGGACACUUUGUGCAACUGAUAGAUGUUUUAAAAACCCUGUAACUUCUGCGUUCUUUCGUUCCGUUAAAGUCUUGCCACUUUCCAGGGGUGAUGGAAUUUAUCAGGAGGGAAUGGAUAUGGCUCUUUCUAAAUUGAACAGUGGUGGUUGGGUCCACAUAUUCCCAGAAGGUAGUCGCUCCCGAGACGGUGGAAAAACCAUGGGCUCUUGCAAGAGAGGUGUUGCCAGGUUUAUCCUGGAUGGAGAUAGCAUGCCUGUUGUUAUCCCGUUUGUACAUACAGGGAUGCAGGAGAUUAUGCCAAUAGGUGCCAGCAUUCCGAGAAUUGGAAAAAGGGUUACUGUAAUCGUAGGUGAUCCCAUCAAUUUUGACGAUAUAAUAAACAUGGAGAAAGGCCCUGAUGUGCCAAGAAAAAGACUGUAUGAUGCAGUAGCUGCAAGAAUUGGUGAUCGGUUGCAGGAAUUGAAGGCCCAGGUCGACAGUAUAGCUAUGGAAACAGAAAUGCGUUUAAAAGACCUCUCCCCACACAGCAUGGAACGGGCAACUGGAAUCUUGCAGCAGGUCGAUUGGGAACUAUUUGGAAUGGAUAACUUCAUAUCUUCUGCUGAUGAGGAUUCCAUGCAGACACCAGAAACAGUUGUCCUCCUAAAUUCAAGUGUUUCUCAACAGCAUCAGCAGUCUCCGUGUAAGAAAGUCAGUUUCUCAUACAGGAUGCGUGGUUAUAUGGAUCAGAUGGAACUGAUGUCUUUUGCUGCCAGAGGAUUAUUUAUGAAUAACAAUGAAACUAAGGACUCUGCUGGCUUUAGAGAGACACGUCCCUUAAAUGCAUGGAAACAGUUUUUUGAUGCUAAUGUAUUGAAUCAGUGGAACUACAGUCUGUAG